AGGUUGGUGCACUGACUGCGCAGAGGCAGCAGCAGCAGCAACAACAACUGCGACCUGAAACCAGGAGGAGAGGAAGAAACCUGCAGAAAAACACAAGUGGACGAGCUCUCAGAGAUGGCGAUGUCGGCGCAGUUUGUGGUGUUGUGUGCUUGUCUUUUGGGGUUUUAUCCAAUACCGGAUUCCCUCAGCUCUAAGGAUACAUCUUUCUGUCACGGCGGGCUCGUGGUGAUCUACCCAGGAUUGCACAUUGACAAAUGUCUCGUAAUCCCAAAGGGCGAGAAAGUCAGAGAAAAGGUCAGCACAGUCUGGAAAGCUCCAGAGAUUUCCUUCGCCGGAGCACACAAGAAGACGAUGUAUGUUCUGGUGAUGGUUGAUCCUGACGCACCAAGCCGCACCAAACCAACAUCCGCUUACUGGAGGCACUGGCUGGUCGUGAACAUACAGGGCAAUGCACUCAAGAAAGGAAAGAUACAAGGGACGACACUCACCGACUACUAUCCUCCAAAGCCGCCGCAGGACUCUGGUUUUCACCGCUACCAAUUCAUGUUGUUUGAGCAACUUCCAGAUGUACCAGUGUCACUCACCGAGCGGGAGAAGUCGUCCCGCGGUAAAUGGGAUCUCGAAGCCUUCGUCACUAGGUUUAAUCUGGGAAAGCCUGUGGCCGUGCUGCAGUUUCUCACCCAAAACUACAAAGACUGAAGAUGCUCAGAUGUCUGUAAAAUGUUGUGGGAGAGAAGAAUCUGUCAGUGCAACAAUAGAAAAUAAGAUGUUUCCUCACGUUUCUCGAAUUAUACAGCAUCAGUUCUUCAAAGCUUGCAACAGGUCAGCCCUUUUUGCUUUAUCUUAUCACCUAGUUAGAGAGAGAUUUCCUCUUUGUGUUACAGCAGCUGCUUUCUCUUGAUGUUGCCCUGUAUCUCUUGUCACGUGGUCCGGAGCGAAGGAUUUGGGAGAUAGAUUUUGACCUCACUGGGGAUUUCUUAUUAGUUUCCGA